AUGUCCGAUGCUGUUAAGAGUUCGUUGAGGAUCGUCGGCUCGAUCGUCCGAUUGUAUAUUUUUCCCAAUGGUCAGCGCCUGUCAGUUGUCGCUGUUAGUACCGCUCGUUUCCAGGAAGUGGACUGUGUUCCAGUACUGCAGCCUAAAGAGGGUAUAUGCGAUGGCUUCGCGCGUGGAUACGUAUCAACGAGUCCGUUCUAA